AUGGCACACACGAUACCUGUCGUCCAUCGACUGGUACUGGCUCAACUCGCAACAACACAAACUCCAAGGGAUCAAGAUGGUUCAGAAACACUGUUCACGUCCACCGAAACUACAUCCAGCCAUGGAGACGUCAUCAUGGUAGAGAAGAAGUAUGAGAUGGACCUUCUACUCGCCGAUACCGUAGAAAGUUCGCCGAAGCCAGAGGGCUGCGGUACCGGGGACGAGCUGCAUCCUAUCUGCUGA